AAAGCCUUCGUUAAUAACGAAGACUCCGACACAUCGCCAUAGGUUAACCAAGAUCAUCUCGAUAUGCGACCGAAACGCCUCUAGAUUAACACAUGACAUUACAGAGUUGGUGCCUCUUCGAAUGUUAAAGCACUAUCAAUCUACGCCUGCGCCAUUCACGUUUCGCACCACUUUUAUGUAUCUGCGCAUGCGCAGAAGAUCGAUAGUGCUGUCCUAAUGGCAAGCACAAUCUCCCUAAUAUCCUUGCAUGACAUCGCACUGCUUGAAAAGGUCGCAAUCACGCGACACCUAGCGGUACGACCGAGAAAGACGCGAAUUUCGAUAUUUCAUCGUAAGAAAAGUUCUGACGUGCCACUUAAUACAAGCCGUAUAAUACAUUUUUUUUGAACACGCAUUCGAUUGGUGGUUAUCUCCACAAUGAACUGGCUAUAAGUGUCACCGCAUGUGGUGAUCCGGCGUGAGCAUUGAGUAGGGCGUGAGUGAACGUCAAGUUCCAGUGAUUGUGUUUUACUUUUAUAAAUUGAAUUGAAAUAAUACUUCACUUUAUGACUAAUUAUUGUUGGGUGUGAUCAGAAAGAUAUUAUAAUGGUGCUUGUGUGCACCAACUGUAGAGAAGGCACAGGCAAAGUGCACGAUGUGAGUUUAACUCAUCAGAUUCCGUGCAAGAUUGGUCAUGGACAUGUUCAUUAUUCUGCAAAAUGUAAAUUUUGCUCAAAGGAACAAACCAUAGAAAUAAUACCAGAUUCCAUUAAACCAUAUGUUAAAGGAGAUCCACUCACAAAAGUAGUUGUUUUUGAAUGUCGUGGAGUGGAACCUUCACAGUUUGAACCUCGGGAUGGAUGGAUAGCCAAAGCAGAAAACAGUUCUUUGAUCUUCAAUGACAUUGAUUUGAAGGAAGGAGAUUGGGCUGAAUAUGAUGAAAAAGCUCAAGAACCAGUUGGCAUUGACUCAAUUGAAUCCAAUUUUGUUAGAAGCUAGUCAUUUUUCUAUUGUAUUUUUAUGCAAUCUCUCAAUAUGUUUUCCAUAUUGUAUAAUUCUUGUUAAGAAUUUACUCGCUUGACUGUUACGAUCUUUUUUGAAAUAAUGAAUUGGGAAGUUUCGUUAUUGUAUUUCAGAAAUACUGAAUAAACAACUUGCUUCCAAAAUGACAUGUUAAUCUGAAUUUAGGCAUGUUUCAGUAAAAUCCAAACUCCAUAAGAUUCCUGACCUGUUAAAUAAAAAUGAAUUACAAGCCUCCCAAAUACACUUUCACUUUUUUAUUUUCUGGUGAUAGAUAACUAAAGGAAUCUGUUACAGUGUAUAUGUGUGUAAAUGUGUAUAAAAAAACCCUAGAUGAUUCAGAACAAAGAUUGUCUACUGGAGUAUGAAUGCCAUUGGAGCAGGUUUCCCCUCUGUGAGAAUGGGCUCAGAGGAACAGUGGAAGCAAAGCAGGGUCGGAUAGGUAUCAAAGUACUAUUAUUACUAUUACUAUUCAUAUACAUAUCAAAGUACUAUUAUUAUUAUUAUUACUUUUAUUAUUAUUGUUAAUAUUCUUAUUGCUUUUAUUAUUAAUAUUACUAUUACUUUUAUUAUUAUUAUUGUCAUAAUUAUUAUCGUCAUGGCCCUUUAUACAGUGAAGUGAUGGAGUUUGUAGUGGUAGUGAAGGGAGGCGUGUAGUGUUAGUGUUAGUUGAAUUGUUAUGUAAACUAGAAGUGAAUUUUAGAGUAGCUAGAAAAAAAUUGGAACUAUUAUAUCGACUCUAAUUCAAUAGUAAACCUAAUUGUAAUGUUAAAAUUGUUUCUGAAUUCUAAUUUAUGUUA